ACCUCGUCGUCCCUGUGACCUCCGGGGCGUGGCGUGGAGUUCGGGUCGAUGGGCAAGAGUUAGAUUUGGUUUUCGGUGUUUUGUGAUUUUUAAUUUUAUAUUUGAUUUUAUUAUUUAUUUUUAAUUUUAAAGGUUGGAGGGGAUACGGAAUUAUGGAAGUAUUUUCUCUUUCUUAUUCACGGAGAUAGGGAAUGGAAGGAAAUUAUAAUAAGGAAGGACGACAUAAAGAUAUAUAGAAGAGGAGGCUGAGAAAGAACGAGAGAAAAAAAAAAAAAAUAAGGACAAUCGAAAAGAGAAAAGAAACGAGAUACAACAAAAUGAAAAAAAGAACAGACCGAAUAUAAUGAAAAACACACAAUAAUUAUCAAGAAAUAAUUAGAAAUACUAAUCACUGUGAACAUUUAUGAAAAAAAAGAAAAUGAAACGAUGCUUAUUUGUUCACCUCUAUUUCAUCUCGCAACUGAUGCUGGCAACAUCUCUCGCAAGGACGGAGAGGAAGCUACUGCGCCAUGAGGACCGUCUCUCCAAGAUCAACAUAUGCUGCCUUACGGGAGAGUUCGCGGGGCGUCCUCAUGACAAAGACACAUGGCCUGCUUUUCCUCAGGGAAGAGAGGCCUUGAUCUGGGGCUCCAGGAGGAAAAGCGGACCGCCGCGUUAUGAAGGGGAACGUGAGUUACCGUAUCAUCCUUUAGGGCGUCAGGUUGAUGGGGCUAAGGAUACAAGACCUCUUAGAGUCCUAGGAAUCCCGAAGCUCCAGAAGUCGGGUCCUUUAGCAAGAGUCUUUGAGGUCGAGGAUCUCCACAACGUGUCGGUCCCUCGAAUGCGUUCUGGCGACGAGUAUCAAGGUAACCUCGCGCAAGAACCUCAGUCGAAAGGUUCCCGAAGGUCACGCAGACGUCGAAAAGCUCGUCACUUCCGUCGGCGUCGCUUGCUGAAUCAGGGCCGUUGGAUUAGACACCUUCGUCAUCGGCUGAGGCGCCGUCGUCAUCAGCGGGAAGGUCGUCACCAUCAUCAUCAUAAGAUAAAUAAACCCGAUUCAUGCCACAGUCAUCAUUACGAGAGUAUCCACCAUUCACACUAUCGUUUCCCACAAGACGAGCAUUUCCACCACCAUCAUCACAAUCACCAUCGUCACUACCACGACGACCUCAGCUCCUACUACCGCCACUACCACGAAGACUACUACAGCUCCUACGACCACCCUCCCCAAGAAAACCACUUAGGUAUUCAAGGCGCGCAGGAAUUCUUAUCGUCUUUGCUCAAGACGGAGACAAGACGGAGACCUCCUGACGUCUCGGGCGCGAGAGGACGUCGCGGGGAGCGUCUUCGGGAGCAAAUGAGCGAGCUGAUUAGGGUUCUGUGGAUGUCGAGUCGCCGAGAACCACCCGAGGGGCUCGCGGGAUGGAGGGGACCGUGCGACAGACACCGAGGGCUUGUUAGCAUGCACAGUAAACCAAUGAACCCGCCGCGCCCUCGAGACCCGCCUGAUGAGUCCUCACGCCCUCGGAGGAAGCCAAGAAGAUCACGUCCUCUUGAUGACUGA